UAUCAAAAUGUCCAUAAUUUACUCAAGGGAUUGUUGACUUUUUCCAGUAAGGAAACCUUUUGACAGAUAAAUUGGGCGUUGCCAACAUUUUUUAAUCUGAGAUUGGAUACUUAGUGUUUUUUUUAAAGACUUAGGUGAGCCCAGCCAUCCGAGCAGUUCAGUAAAGUAUUAAUAUUUUUAAUUCUCAAGAUGGAGGUUUCUGUUUUCUCAGACAUUUACAUUACCCUGUGUAAUAGGUAUUUUCAUUUUACUAAGCGUUGAUGGUUCAGCACAACACAUUGACAAAAGUUAAAGAUAUCAUUGAAUGGAACAAUCUUAUUUAAAUGUUCUUGUGUGAAAAUAUCUGAAGGGAGUUCCUGGGUGGUGCAGUUAACCGAAGGUCAGAGGUUUCUCCCAGAGGCCUUGGUCAUGAAAGGCCUUGAUAUACACUUCCCCGAAAAAUAAGCCACUGAAAACCCUAUGGAGCACAGUUCUAUUCUGACACAUGAGGUCACAGAUAUGCCGUUUUCAGCUGGUUAAAACUGGCUAAUUUGAAAACUUGUCACCGCAUUUGCCUACCGUGGAUGAGCAGUUCUGUGCCUACCUGACUUAAUAAGAAUAUUUUAAAAGUCAGGUGAAAGUAGUGUUUUAUUGUCAAAUGUAUAUACAGUAAAACCUGUGAAAGCAAGGACUUUAGUAAGGUGAAAACCUGGCAGAGAAGGAAAACGUUUUCCACCAGUAUGAUAGAAAAGUGGUAAGACUGUACCCUGUCAAAGGUGGGAAACUUGGGAGACCAGAAAAACAGUCCUGUAACUGACUCACAGAUUUUCACUGUAAUAAAAUAUUUGCUAAUCCAUUUCACAUGUACACUUAAGUGACUUUAUAUUCUUCAUGUGCAAUUAUCACGACUUUGUUAGUGUUUUAAGUGUCUUAAUAUGAUCUAUAUAGCAGCAAUAGCUAGUGUACUUUUAUUUCUUCGAUCCCAACGUCUGUAUGAGGUUGGAACUACUAUUCUUGGAUACAGAAUUUAAUUUCCCAAAACUUAGAAUCUAGCAAAGCCAGACUUGGUGGAAUCUGCACUUAAUACAUAGGGUCGCUAUGAGAAUCGACUCGAUGGCACUGGGUUUUUUUUUUUUUUUUAGGUUGCACUUAAUGCUUUUACAUGUGAAAUUGCAGUACAGCCAUGUGUUGCGUAACGUCCACACAUGUACUGUGAAAUGGGACGCAAUGUCAUUUGGACGUUGUGCAAACAAUGUUAUACACAGCCAGUCUCGAGAUGAUGAACAAGUUCUGUUCCUGUCUGUAAAUUGUAUAUAAGGUGGAAGAGGUAUGGUGUCAGUCAGAUGUAGUGUAUCUUUCUGUCCUUAAAAAAAAUUUCCAGAUGCACUGAAACAUCUUUAACCUAGUAUAGUAGUAAUGUUUUGAUACAUGAAGUAGUGCCUGUGUUUGUUAUUACAAACCAUUGUAUGUACCUGAAAUUUUUAACAGGCUUUACGUGGGUUGUUUUAUAAUUACGGUUCCUAACCCGGGGAAUGCCACUAUCACCUUAUGGGACUACAGAUGUAUGUGGCUUGCUUGUAUAACCUCAUGAGACCACAGAGUAUAUCCGGUUGGACGUUGUUGAAAUGGACAUUAUUUGGGGCAUGAUUACUAGAAAUUGGAAGACUGGGAACUGCUCUUAAACCGUCCAAGAAAUAAUUAUUUCCUUGUCCCAGCCGUAUGGCCAUGUACAUACUGGAGUGAAGGGCACUAUUACAUAGCCUUGUGGGCAUUUAAGCUGUAAGUGGUUAAUGACUCUGGUAUUGGUUAAAGUGUAAGGCCAGUGUUAGGAGGAUUGGACUAAGACCUGAGCAGUGUAUUUGUUUUUACUAUCUCAGAGCCACUUGGUGCACAGUGAUGGACAGGACAUUUAAAAAGCUAGUGUACUUUGGGGUUGAUGAGAUACGUCACGAAGUACAGAAUGUCUUGCGUUAAGAAAAAUAAGGUGCUAUGAGAAUACCUUGAUGGCCCAGUGGUUAAGAGCUCAGCUGCAAACCCAAAAGGUCAGGAGUUUGAAUCCAGCAGCCGCUUCUUUGAAGCCCUGUGGGGCAGUUCUACUCUGUUUUCUAUAGGGUCGCUAUUGAGUCGCUAUCAACUCGACGGCAACGGGUUUGGCUUGGUUUUAUGAGAAUAAUGGGGCUACCAAAUUGGGUGGUCAUUAACGGGCCAUGAAAAACUAAGGCUGGUACAGGUUGAGGAGGGCGUGCACCUUAAAUUAAGUUCAUAACAAAUUUUGUUGACGGAAGGCAAUGGGAUUGGGUAGGGCUGGGAACACAUUUUUAGAUGUGAAUUGGGGGACAGGUGAGCUGAUGUGGGAAAGUAGGUUUCCGUGCGCCUGCUCGCUAGGGCUUUGCGCCUGCGCGCCGCUCUCCCGCCUUUUUCAGCGGUGCUUCUGCUGAGCGGCUGCGUGAGGUGGCGUAAGAAACGGAAACUUGUGCCCCGGAACGUUUGGGGAGAUGCUGAGGCCUGAGACCUUGUCAACCUCGCCUUUCGGGCUUGCAGCUUCUCCUUCAUCUAUAGAGGGUCGGCCACAGGGUCCCCGCUACAAUUUUGGACUCCAGGAGACUCCUCAAAGCCGCCCCUCAGCCCAGGCUGUCUCUGCGUCCUCUCCUCCCGGCACUUCCGGCGUGGUAGGCGACAGGAGCAGCAGCAGCAGCCUCCCUCCGCACCUGCCAAAUCCCGGGCCAGCCCAAGGUUCAUACUUUGGAAACAGAAGAUCUUAUGCAGAAAAUACAGGCGCAUCAAAUUUUACCUUUGGUACAAGCUCAUCUUCUGCACGAGACACUAAUUAUCCUCAGAACCUAAAAACUCCAUUGUCUGCUAGAAAUCCCCAGAGAUCAGGUUAUAGAAGUUGUACACCUCAAGUGGGAUAUUCAGUUACAUCCUCAUCUGCAGUUUCUGUGCAUUCACCGUCAGUUAUUGUAGCUGUUGUUGAAGGAAGAGGACUUGCCAGAGGCGAAAUAGGAAUGGCAAGUAUUGAUUUAAAAAACCCACAAAUUAUACUGUCCCAGUUUGCAGACAACACAACAUAUGCAAAGGUGAUCACUAAACUCAAAAUUUUAUCACCUUUGGAAAUAAUAAUGUCAAAUACUGCCUGUGUUGUGGGGAAUUCAACCAAGUUAUUUACUCUGAUCACAGAAAAUUUCAAGAAUGUUAAUUUCACUACUAUCCAAAGGAAAUACUUCAAUGAAACAAAAGGAUUAGAGUACAUUGAACAGUUAUGCAUAGCCGAAUUCAGCACUGUCCUAAUGGAGGUUCAGUCGAAGUAUUACUGCCUUGCAGCUGUUGCAGCUUUGUUAAAAUAUGUUGAAUUUAUCCAAAAUUCAGUUUAUGCACCAAAAUCGCUAAAGAUUUGUUUCCAGGGUAGUGAACAAACAGCUAUGAUAGAUUCAUCAUCAGCCCAAAACCUUGAACUGCUAAUUAAUAAUCAAGACUGUAGGAAUAAUCACACUCUCUUUGGUGUUCUAAAUUAUACUAAGACUCCUGGAGGGGGUAGAAGGCUUCGUUCUAAUAUAUUAGAACCUCUGGUUGAUAUUGAAACCAUUAACAUGAGAUUAGAUUGUGUUCAAGAACUACUUCAAGAUGAAGAACUCUUUUUCGGACUUCAGUCAGUUAUAUCAAGAUUUCUUGACACAGAACAGCUUCUUUCUGUUUUAGUCCAAAUUCCGAAGCAAGACACGGUUAAUGCAGCUGAAUCAAAGAUAACAAAUUUAAUAUACCUAAAACAUACCUUGGAACUCUUGGACCCUUUAAAGAUUGCACUGAAGAACUGUAACACACCUUUAUUAAGAGCUUACUAUGGUUCCUUGGAAGACAAGAGGUUUGGAAUCAUACUUGAAAAGAUUAAAACAGUAAUUAAUGAUGAUGCAAGAUACAUGAAAGGAUGCCUGAAUAUGAGGACACAAAAAUGCUAUGCAGUGAGAUCUAACAUAAAUGAAUUUCUUGACAUAGCUAGAAGAACAUAUACAGAAAUUGUAGAUGACAUAGCAGGAAUGAUAACACAGCUUGCUGAAAAAUACAGUCUUCCUUUAAGGACAAGCUUUAGCUCUGCUCGAGGAUUUUUCAUCCAGAUGAGUACAGAUUGUACAAACCUACCCAAUGAUCGGCUUCCUUCAGAAUUUAUUAAGAUUUCUAAAAUGAAAAAUUCUUAUAGCUUUACAUCAGCAGAUUUAAUUAAAAUGAAUGAAAGAUGCCAAGAGUCUUUGAGAGAAAUCUAUCACAUGACUUACAUGGUAGUGUGCAAGCUUCUCAGUGAGAUUUAUGAACAUAUUCAUUGCUUAUAUAAGCUCUCUGACACAGUGUCAAUGCUGGAUAUGCUUCUGUCAUUUGCUCAUGCCUGCACUCUUUCUGACUAUGUUCGACCAGAGUUUACUGAUACUUUGGCAAUCAAACAAGGAUGGCAUCCCAUUCUUGAAAAAAUAACUGUGGAAAAACCUGUUGCCAACAAUACCUAUAUUACAGAAGGGAGUAAUUUUUUGAUCAUAACUGGACCAAAUAUGAGUGGGAAAUCCACAUAUUUAAAACAGAUUGCUCUUUGUCAGAUUAUGGCCCAGAUUGGAUCCUAUGUUCCAGCAGAGUAUUCUUCUUUUAGGAUUGCUGAACAAAUUUUUACAAGAAUCAGUACUGAUGAUGAUAUUGAAACAAAUUCAUCAACAUUUAUGAAGGAAAUGAAAGAGAUAGCAUAUAUUCUACAUAAUGCUAAUGACAAAUCGCUCAUAUUAAUUGAUGAACUUGGUAGAGGUACUAAUACAGAAGAAGGAAUUGGAAUUUGUUAUGCUGUUUGUGAAUAUCUGCUGAGCUUGAAGGCAUUCACACUGUUUGCUACACAUUUCCUGGAACUGUGCCAUAUAGAUGUCCUGUAUCCUAACGUGGAAAACAUGCAUUUUGAAGUUCAACAUGUAAAGAACCCAUCAAGAAAUAAAGAAGCAAUCUUGUAUACCUACAAACUUUCUAAGGGACACACUGAGGAAAAAAAUUAUGGAUUAAAAGCUGCAGAGGCGUCAUCACUCCCACCAUCAAUUGUCUUGGAUGCCAAAGAAAUCACGACUCAAAUUACCCGACAAAUUUUGCAAAACCAAAAGAGUACCCCUGAGAUGGAAAGACAGAGAGCUGUGUAUCAUCUAGCCACUAGGCUUGUUCAAACUGCUCGAAACUCUCGAUUGGAUCCAGAUGGUUUACGAAUAUAUUUAUGUAAUCUCAAGAAGAAGUAUGAAGCAGAUUUUCCAAGGCCUGAACAAGUUCCAGAAAAGACUGAAGAAUAAUAACAAUUUACAUCUUGUAGUAAUGAAAUAAUUUAUCUUAAUUUUCCCCCCGAGAGCAAAAGAAAAUAUUUUAUUUUUGUAUUUUAGUUGAAAAUUACAUUGUGUUAACCUCAAAUUAUCAU